ACGAUCAUGUUUUCUUCCUUCCGCACAGGAACAGACUCGUCCCGCGCAAAGCAUAAGAACUCGUCAAUCCGCGUAUAUUCCGCCAGCAUCGGAAGAACGUACAUUCCCUCCUUAUCAUCUCGCUCGCAUUCAUCAUGAAAUUCGACCUGUUACUUGCAGCUGCAAUCUUUCUGCGUGUCUCUCAUGCAGAGCAGCGCGUAGCCUCCGACUCCCCUUCGCUAUUCGAUCCUACCUCACCAAAUUUCGUUGGGAACAACCUCACCAUCGGUUUUUAUCCGACGGGCUCCAAUGUCACGUGCAACAAUGGCAGUAAACCAUCCGGAGCCUUGACGUUCACCACAUACAGCUACAACACAAACUACGUUUGCUUCAACGUGGAUGAUUUGAUCACGCGUAACAGCAGUGGAUGGGAGGUUCAAACCAGCAACAUAAGACUCAAACCUUAUCAAAAGGGCGUCAAUUACACCAUUUUCAAUCAGAAUGUAUACCGCAACACCAAUACCAGCUUUACUGGCAUCUACAUCGAGUCUGUGAAUAACACAGUCGUGGCCGGGAGAGAUGCUGGCCGACAAGUGCUUCUCUACAACAUACCCAAUUGCGUUGACGCAGUUCCCGGACAGGGCCUUACUCCGGCAAACAUCCAAGAGCAGACCUGUCAAACCCAAGCCGGCGGAGAAUGCCACGCGACGCCCGAGAGAGUUCAGAGCUUCCGCCUUGGCCCGUCUUUCAACCAAGUCGUUCGGGACGGUAAAUGCAAAGCUUACGAGCCGUAUUACCAAGCCGCGGCCUCCAUGUCGGUCAAGACUUCGACAUUAGCCAUCGCUGGCUCCGCGAUCUUCGCUGUAUUCUGGACGGUCCUAUGAGUCCCAUAUUGCCCUUUGCUGAGCCGAUUCGAACCGCAAGGCCACGAACAGUAUCAUCAGACCUGGAGGAUCUGAGCUCCAAAGCUAAAGCACUGUCGUUGAGGAUACGCUUUCUCGUGUUCCUACUCGAUGUACAGAUGGAGAGAACACCGUAAUUCAAAUUUCAAGACCUUGCGAAUGUCUUUCUGAAAUUGCUGGUGAAGUGAUCGUACCCGCACAUAUCCCAACCAGCUGGGCAGGCUCGGACAUGCUUUUGUGGCAACACUUAUGCACUGUGGAAUGUUCGUCCUGCGCCGUCUCAAAUUUCAUUUUCAAUAAAGUAAUACACCAUCAUUCCUAUUGAUCGGCGAUAAUACCGUGCCAUGAAGGUGUCUCUGACCAGUCGUCG